CUAUUCCUCGUGUAUUAGUAGUUGCUCGUUGUUUAAUAAUUCGUCGACCUCUUUUCUAGCUUGAAUUCUUUGUUCAACCGGUACGAAAAGAAUUUCAUAAGUUCUAUACAUAAAUGCUCCCGUGGAGAUCACCGUUAACCCAACAGCUACGCUCACAAUACCUUUGUGUAAUUUAUUUAAUACCCCAUUCAUAAAUCUUGACAUAAUAAUAUUUAUUGUUCGAGAAAACAGAAUUUAAGUAAAACAAAAAAUUUGAAAAGUACCGUAAAAUGACGUAUAACAAAGCGAACUUCUAAGAAACUUGAUAAUAUGGAUUAUGAGCAAAAAUUUUGAACAUAAACUGAGAACAAAAUCUACGAGCGAUAUUUAUCAAAAUAAAAGGUUAUACCACGGCAUACCAACUACUACCAUACGACAAUCGGGCCAAAGAUACAUUGGUAUGAAGUUGGCAGCAACAAAUAUUGUUUUUGCUGACUUUAGUAACAAAAAAAUUUUGACAACUGUUGCGCAGGAAUAUUAAACAAAAAAUUGAAAUAUUAAACAUAAAUUGGUAAUACUGAAAUUGAUUGAUUCUGCAGUAUGCAAUUUUAUUUUUUUAUAAUUUCAUUUUAGUUAAUUAUUUAUUGGUAACUAGCAAUACAAAUUAGUUCGGAUAAAUCGCGAAGUCUUUACAACUGUAUUUUUUUACGUGAAUAUUUGAACUGAUUCUAUAUACAUUAAUAGUGCAUACAUCAAGCAAUGUAUAUUGAUAUUGAAGAUCUUUGAAACAAAAACAGAAAGUGCGUACUUAAGUCCUUCCCAAGUACAAUGUCUCCAAUCACUGCUUGGGAAAAACUUCAACAAAACUUGCAAGGAGAAGAUAUUCAACAACUUUAUAAUGAUCAUUUUCCUAUUGAAGUGCGGCAAUUAUUAUCCCCAUGGUUUGAAACAAAAGCUUGGACUGAAAUUGAUCCAGAUAAUUUAGAGCAUGAAGGUUAUAUUAAAGGGUUAUUUGUGUCUUUUGUGGAUGAAAUUGUAUCUAAAGCUAAUUCUAUGGUAACUAAUGAACAGUUUGUUAGUAAACUAAAAUUAAUUGAUACAGCAAAAUUGUAUAAAGAUAAGUACUCACAAAAUCCAAAAGAAUUGAUAAGAGUCAUUAAAAAGUGUUUGGAAUCUGAAUCUUUAUUGGUACAACAAAAUAAUUCAUUAAUGGAAAUUAAUGUAAAAACAUCCCAAGAAAUGGAAAAUAUUGAAAUUAUGCAACAGAUGGAAUUAAUCAGCAACCAUAUUACACAUACAAAUGAGAUUCGAAUGACAAUUCAAUCAGAUAUUGAUUCUUUCAAUAUGUUAUAUUCAGAAUCUGCUAAAUGUACUCAACAUUUACAACAAAUGAGAAAUCAGAGAAUGAAUAUUCCUCAAGGUCCUGAAAUUGAACGUAAAUUAAAACAAGAAAAAGAACUCUACGAAGGACAACUAAAGACUCAAUCUUUAAGUCUUAAUAAUGCACUUUGUGUUUAUAUCAAUAAACUUAAUGAAUCAUUAAAUUUGCUCAGCCCUGUACAAGCUCAUAUUAUUGAUAAGGCAUUAAUUCAGUGGAAACGUGAACAACAGUUAGCUGGUAAUGGAUAUAAAUACAUGAAGGAUAUAGAUGUCAUUCAAACUUGGUGUGAAAAAUUAUGUGAUUUAAUAUGGAUAACUCGUUCACAAAUAAAAGAAGCUGAUCGUUUUAGAGUAAAUUUGGGCCGUUAUUUUGAACUGCCCCAGUCAUGUGAAAUUAUAAAUACACUUCUUGACAUGACUACUCAAUAUCUUUCAUCAUUAGUAGCAAGUACUUUUGUUAUUAUAACUCAACCUCCUCAAGUAUUAAAAACAAAUACAAGAUUUGUUGCUGAAGUGCGUCUACUGAUUGGUGGAAAACUCAAUAUUCACAUGACUUCACCUGUGGUUAAAGUAUCAAUUGUUAGUGAAACUCAAGCUAACCAAAUAAUUGGAAGAAAUAAACCUGAUGGUGAAUCAUGUGGAGAAAUAUUAAAUUGCACUGGUAAAAUGGAAUAUCAACCAGUACAAAGACAUCUGUCAACUAAUUUCAGAAGUAUGCAGCUAAAAAAAAUCAAACGCACAGAAAAAAAGGGAACAGAAUCUGUAAUGGAUGAAAAAUUCUCAAUUUUAUUUUCCUCAAAAUUUUUUAUUGGCAAUGAACUUCAAUUUGAGGUAUGGAACUUAUCAUUACCAGUAGUAGUUAUUGUUCAUGGAAAUCAAGAUCCUCAUGCUUGGGCUACUGUAACAUGGGAUAAUGCUUUUGCUGAACCUGGCCGAGUUCCAUUUAAUGUUCCUGAUAAAGUCCCAUGGAGAAAUGUGGCAGAAGCUUUGAACAUGAAAUUUUCAGCUGCUACGGGACGUGGUCUCUCAGAAGAAAGUUUAACAUUUUUAGCUGAAAAAGCUUUUAGAAUGCAAAAUAUGGAUUUCAAUCAUAUGGUUUUGUCAUGGUCACAGUUCUGUAAAGAACCUUUGCCACAAAGAAGUUUCACAUUUUGGGAAUGGUUUUAUGCAGUGAUGAAAAUAACUAGAGAACAUUUAAAAGGACCUUGGACUGAUGGAGCAAUAAUGGGAUUCAUUAGAAAGUCUGAUGCAGAAGAGAUGUUAACAAGAUACGCAACUGGUACAUUUUUAUUGAGAUUUUCAGAUUCAGAACUAGGUGGACUAACUGUUGCUUGGGCUGGAUCUAACGAUUCUGAUGCUUAUAGCUUACAUCCAUUCUCAGCCAAAGAUUUAUCUAUUCGAAACUUAGCUGACAGGCUAUUGGAUUUGCCUUAUCUCACUAAAUUAUAUCCUGAUAUUGAUAAAAAUCAAGCAUUUGGAAAAUAUUACACACAACCUCAAAAUAUUAGUACACCUGUUACAAGCAAUGGAUAUUUAAAGCCAUUAUUGGUUACUCAUGUUCCGGGAUGGGGUGGACCUGGUACCAAUUGUCAAGGAAUGAAUAGUUAUCCCAAUACCCCUCAGAAUCAUAUGUUUCAUGUCAACAGCCCAGGGAAUUGUAGCAUUAGAGAAACAUCAUCAGUACAUAGUGAACCAGUGACUAAUAUGAUGGCAUUUGGAAAUGAUUCCUUAGAAAUGGAUUUUUCUUCGAACUUAAAUGACAUAUCGCAUGUGGAUGAAGCAUUUUUUUAAAAGUGUAUAUUAGAUAUGCUAUCUUAUAGUUUAGAUUAGGUAGAUCAUUUAAUUUCAUAAUUAUACUGCUUUUGUUAGUUUACCUUUAAUUAUUUUUUACUUAGUUUGUAUUACUUAAAAUUGUUGAUGCACAUAAUCUUACUCAAUUGACAUGAGCAAACCAUUUUUUUUAAUUCAAUUUGAAUUUUUUAUAGUUAUUAUUAUUUCAUUUAUUUAGACUAUGCAUUUAUUAUUAUUAUUAUUAUUAUUUUUAUUAUUAUUUUUGUACAUUUAAAACAAUUUUUGUGAUCAUCAAGUCCUAUGGUGCUUAGUUAACAAACUGCUUCGUUUCGCUGUUAUUUUUAUUAUUAUUAU